AUGGGGAAGAACAGAAAGAAAAAACCAAGCACCAUUGUGCAGGGUGUCACUGCAGCCGCUGAGGAUGUAGAGGUUAGUCCCACAGUACAGGUUCCCAGCCCUUCGAGCAUCCUGCCGGUUGCAGACCAAGUGUUUGAUGAAAAUCUCCAACCAGAAGACUUAUCCUCAGAACUUUCUGUAACUCUAGGAGUGGACGAUUCCGUCACUGAAAAAGUGGAGGGCAACUCUAAUGGAGCGGGUGAAUCCAAAAUUCAGCAGCCAAUACUCCCAAUUGCUCCAUGGGCCAAUCUUUUCAAAGACAAUAGAUCAGAAAAUAAAGGCCACCAGUGGAGCGAUGAAAUUGAGCCUUCAAGUUCAGAUGACAAGCUCAUAGUCGAACUUGGAGAUGUGCAAGCCAUUGAUGAAACUAUUGGCUUUUGUUUGAUCGGGUAUAUAGCUGGGAAAUUUUCGGGCCUCAAAGCUCUACUUAAUGUUUGUAGGAAAUGGGGAGUGAAGUAUUCAUACUCUCCUCAUUCCAGCGGAUGGCUAAUCUUCAGGUUUCUUACCGAGGAGGACAUGAACAAGGUCCUCCAAAUUAGGCUGAGGAACCUACCUCUGGAGCUAUGGAGGAAAAAGGCUCUUGGCAAGAUUCUUAGCAAGAUAGGAAAACCUUUGAGAACCGAUCACCUAAUAGCCACUACGGGUUCAAUCUCUUUUGCCCAUGCAUUAGUGGAGGUUGAUGCAUCCAAAGAUUUAACUCAGGUGGUGUUCAUCCAACUACCCGAUGGUAAUGUGAUUAAGCAACCGGUGGAGUAUGAAAAUGAACCAACUUUCUGUUCCUACUGUAAAACUAUAGGACAUGAAAUGGGUUCUUGCACUUAUGCACCCAAAACAAAAGGCUCGGUGGAGGCACCUAAAAAAACCGAGGCAGUCUUGCAACCAGCAUUGGAAGCUUUGGACCAGCCUUUUGGGAAAACUUUGACUGAGGGUCAGAUUCAUCUCCCCCUAGGUACUCCUUUGACAGUUACCAAUGGGGGCUUCACUGUUGUUUCUUCCAAAUCUAAAAGGAAGAAACUUAGAGCUACGGUGAGGAAAUUGCAGUCUACCAAACUGCCAGGCAGAUCUUUCAAAACCGUGAAGAAGCUUGUCCAGGUGUACGAUUUUCCUCCUAUCAUGAAUGUUGCAGCAUCUGCUCCUAAUAUUGCUGAUGGGAAAUCAAAGCUGCCUUUGUCCCCCUCUAUAUGUCCUAUCAGCUCUCCAGCGAAUAAAUCUCUCUAA